UCGAGCAACGUGCUCGAAGAGAGAAGAAAUUGUCUCUAGACAGAAGAUCGUUCUAUCAUUUCGUUCAAGAUGAGACAUAGGAGAUACGCGAGGUUUUUAUUGCCACUCUUUAUGGCCACUGCAAUGAGUUUUCCUAUUCACAACUAUGAUAGACGCAUAUAUAAGUAUGAUCAUUUUCCCACAACACGAUAUAUUCGUCAAAUUAUACCUUUCCACACAACACAAAAUAGAGCUAAUUAUAUCGCAAAAGGAAAUAUUCACAACACAAAUGUACUCAGAACUGAACAACAGAAGUUUAAAGAUAAUCAAUUUUCAGGAUCUCAUGUUCAACAUUUUAAACGUGAGCUUGAAGAUGGAUACGAAAAAAAUUUUGGUGUUGAAUUGUUGGAUAGCGGAGGAGACAGUGGACAAAGCAUACAUGGUUACCAAGUAUCAGGAAACGACGAUAAAACUGUUACGAUCGUAAAGAAAAUCGCGGUACCAUACCCUGUAGAAAAGACUGUCCGAUAUCCUGUGAUCAAAAGAAUAAUGUAUCCGAUUAAAGUGCCGAUUCCACAGCCCUACGCGAUCGAGAAGAAAAUACCGUAUCCCGUAAAGGUCUUUGUCAAAGUUCCUAUUAAAAUUCCACAUCCGGUGCCGGUCGUCAAGGAGGUUCCGUAUCCAGUUAAAGUACAGGUGGAUCGUCCUAUUCCGGUCAAGGUAUAUGUCCCAAAACCAUAUCCCAUCGAGAGAAAAAUACAUUAUGAAGUAAAGAUUCCAGUACCGGAACCGUUUCCCGUAGAACGGAAAGUACCGGUGCCGGUGAAGGUACCGAUACGUGUACCUCAGCCCUAUCCGGUCGAAAAAAUCAUUCAUUAUCCUGUAAAGGUCACGGUAGACAAACCUGUACCAGUUCCGGUACCAAAACCAUAUCCGGUAGCAAUCGCGAAGCCGGUUCCGUAUCCCGUUGAGAAGCCGGUGCCGGUUCCGGUUAAAGUGAGGGUGGAACGACCAGUACCAGUUCCGGUAGACCAACCAGUGCCGGUCAAGGUAAAUGUUCCGGUACCGGAGCCGUAUUUGGUCGAACAAAAGGUACCGUAUAUCGUAGAGAAGUUUGUACCUGUACCAGUAAAGAUACCGAUAGAGAGGCCUGUACCGAUUCACGUGAACAAGCCAAUCGAGUAUUACUACGAAAAACCCGUUCCUUAUCCGGUUAAGGUACCGGUCGCGGUGCCAAUAGAAGAAGGUACCGAACACUGAUAGAUGUAAAAGAUGUAGUUUUAUAGAAAUGAAUUAUUAUUGGACAUAAAUAACGAUGUAGCUGUCAGAGGCUUCGUACUUCGAU